AUGUUGACGAUCAUUGGCAUAGCAGCGCUGCUUUGCGUGCUGAUCUACAAUUACAUCCUGAAUCCAGCAUUCUUUUCCCCGUUGUCGAAACUUCCCACGGCACACCCACUCUGCUCAAUUACCGCCAAAUGGUUCGAUCGGCAGCUAUCGUUGCGCAAAGAGCUGACGACCCUCCUAGUAGCCCACCAGAACAAUGGACCUGUGGUUCGCCUUGGACCACAGGAAGUCAGUGUGGUCUCCCUCGAAGGUCUGAGAGCCAUCUACACUGCCGGUCUGGAGAAGCAUCCUUGGUAUUCAACCUACUUUGCAAACUAUGGGACGCCGAAUAUGGUCUCGACUCUGGAACAUCGGCCGCAUUCCGUGCAGAAACGGAUGAUUGCAAACGUGUAUGCGAAAUCUUAUAUCCAACGGUCGAGCGAAGUUGAGACCUUGUCGAGAGUUAUUGUGCUUGAGAAGCUCUUACCUUUGCUGCAUAAGUGUGCGAACGACAAGUCACAUCUCAAUGUCAUGCCUCUGUUCCAAUGGGCUGGCAUUGAUUUCAUGACUGCAUACAUCUUCGGGACCGGCCACUAUACCAACUUUCUCCAGAACAAACAUAGCCGAGAAGACUACUUCAAGGACCGGUCAAAGAUCCUGGAUCUGGACAAGAGCGGAGAGGACAAUGCCAUGGAGAGGGUUUGCAUGAGGCUGGCCACGGAGACUCUUGCUUCCCAAGCUCAGCCGCACCAGGACCACGUGGACGGGACUCGCCCAGUCGUCUUCGGCCAGCUGUACUCGCAACUAGUGCAGAAGAACAAGGCCGAAGGUGAACCGUUGUCACAGGAAGACCUAAUGAAGAGAUGCGCCAGUGAGAUGCUUGACCACAUUAUUGCUACGCAUGAGACCUUUGCAAUUACUUUGACUUAUAUAAUAUACCGGAUGUCGUUGGACUUGCGAAUGCAGGAGAGGCUGCGCGCUGAACUUUCGACUCUUCAACCAUCAGUCACGCUGGGUGGAGCGGAGAAGACACUGCCGCCACCGGCCGACAUCGACUUUCUUCCACUGCUCAGCGGUAUUCUUACAGAGACACUUCGCCUGCAUGCCGCCGCCCCUGCACGCCAGCCACGAGUCGUACCGGAAGGAGGCAUCAUGCUCCAUGGCUACUACAUCCCCGCCGGUACUAAAAUCAGCAGUAAUCCGUACAGCUUGCAUCGACAAGCGGAUGUAUUUCCCCGACCCAACGACUGGCUUCCUGAGAGAUGGAUGGCUGUACCAGAUCGUCCGAAAGACAGCAGUUCAUUCCCUCCAUCCGCGGUCAUCCGAAAGUGGUUCUGGGCCUUUGGGAGUGGAGGACGAAUGUGUAUCGGAUCGAAUUUUGCAACGCAUGUACUCAAGCUGCUCAUCGCAUCAAUAUACACGAACUUCGAGACAUCAAUCGUUGAUGACGAAGGCAUUGAGCAAUCGGAAUACUUCAUCGCAACGCCGGUAGGCAACAAGCUCAUCAUACAGCUUCAUCCGAUCGAAUGA